UCAGUGGUAUUAAGAUUCCCUCCUUUUCAUGUUCAUGCUCAUAAGUCCUCUGCUUGCAAUGCGUGGACAAUGUCUGCAGCUCUGAGACUUAUCAGAAGAAUGCUGACCCAGAGGAUAACUCUAGCAGCCUUUGUGCUCCUCAUCCCAACAUCUGAAUGUUUAACAAGAAAUGAUUCCCCGUUUGCACUCACUAACAAGGCCACUGGUUUUUGUUUGGUGAAAAGAACAACCCGCUGCCUUGAAAUGCGCUGGACAACCGGUGAUCGGCUUUUUGUUACUUCAAGCAGAAAGUGCCUGGGUGCGCAGGGCAAAACUGUGGGGAGUGAAGUGAGCCUCUACGACUGUGACGAGAAGAGCGAGCUACAAAGGUGGGAAUGCAAGAACGAGACACUGCUCGUCCUCAAAGGCCAACAGCUCUACAUUGAGGUCAGGGCUGAUGAGUCGGUUGCUCUCUCAAAAACCUCGGGGCCAAACAAUGAGUUCACGAUUCAAGGGACAGCAAGUGGUGCUUGCUCGAGAACAUACAGAGAGCUUUACACUAUUGAAGGAAAUGCAUUUGGAAAGAUUUGCAUGUUUCCCUUCCUGUACAAAGACCGCUGGUUUGGAGACUGCACUACGUAUGACUCCUCAACAAAGCGUCAAUGGUGUGCAAUUGGAACAAAAUAUGAUCAAGAACUGUGGGGAUACUGCCCGACUACUUCCACAGACCACUGGGCGAAAAACGCUGUAACAGGAUCAUUUUACCAGCUCAACACACAGGCGGUCUUGACUUGGGACCAGGCUGCAACUAGCUGCAAACAGCAGGGGGGCUCCCUGCUUAGCAUCACUGAUCCCAAUGAACAGGCUUUUAUCUCAGCCCUGGUGGGAACAGGAAAACAUAAACUUUGGAUUGGGGUGGUCCUGGACCCAGAGCAUGGCUGGCAGUGGUCUGACAGGAAACCCUUCCGUUAUCUCAGAUGGAGCACAGGAAAUCCACUUCCUAAUCCGGGACACAACUGUGCAUUUUUGGACACUGCUGGGCAGCACAUGUGGCAAAGUUCAACAUGCGGCAAAAAACUGGGCUACAUCUGCUACAAAGACGGGGCCGCGCCAGCUCCUCCACAAAUUGAGCAAGGACACUGUGCCACCCCUUGGAUUCCCUACAACGGCCACUGCUUCCAAAUUCUGCGUACUCCAACUCAAACAUGGAGUGGUGCCCAGAAAGCGUGCCGCAAAGAAGAAGGGGAUUUAGUGAGCAUCCGUAAUGUGGAGGACCAAAGCUUCGUCAUCUCUCAACUGGGAUUCGCAUCCACUGAUGAGCUCUGGAUCGGGUUUAACGACAUAAGGACGGAGGGGCUGUUUGACUGGAGCGACCACUCUACUGUCAGCUUCACCAGCUGGCAGUUUGGGAAGCCUUCUGUCUCCACUGAUGCAGAUGACUGUGUUCUUAUUACAGGAGAGAAUGGGAACUGGGCAGAUCACUCAUGUGAUGAGAAGCAUGGAUUUAUCUGUAUGAAGCAGAGCACCACUGAAGUCACCGGAGAAGAAGUGAAUUUGGAUUUAGGCUGCAAAGCUGGGUGGAAAAGACACGGGUCGUACUGCUACUUUGUCGGAACAGAGACAAAAACCUUUGAUGAAGCUAAAGAUGACUGCAAGACCUCAGACUCCUACUUAGCUGAUGUUUCAAAUGGGGUGGAUAAUGCCUUCCUUGCCAGCUUGGUUGGGCUGAGACCAGAGAAAUAUUUCUGGCUAGGCCUCUCAAACCAGAAAAACAUCGAUCAAUUUGUGUGGACCAACACAGACUCUGUGAAGUUUACUCACUGGAAUGCUGAAAUGCCAGGUUUCCAACAGGGCUGCGUUGCCAUGACAACCGGGGUUUUGGCUGGACUCUGGGACCUGCUGCCUUGCACCAAUAAGGAGAAAUAUAUCUGCAAACACCUGGCGGAGGGGGCAGUUUUAACUGCUGCACCACCAACACAAACUCCUCCUAAGUGUGAGGAAGGUUGGAAUCGAGUAGGAACAAGGAGCAUGUGUUCUAAGUUUUUUACAGGGCCUCGGUCAGAUGAGAAGACCUGGUUCGAGGCUAGAGAUUAUUGCAGGGCCAUCGGAGGGGAUCUGCUCAGCAUUCACAGCUCUACUGAGCUGGCUAUGACACGCAGGCAUGGAAGAGCCUGGAUUGGACUUCGUAUGCCUGACCCAGUUACUGGAUAUCAGUGGAGUGAUGGAUCUGCGCUGAACUUCCAGCACUGGCAGGAAGGGGAGCCAAACAACCAUAAUAAUGACGAAUCUUGUGCUGAAUUCAGAAUGUAUCACUGGGAUGACGGCGGGUCUUGGAACGAUAUGAACUGCGAGAGUUACAAUGACUGGCUAUGUCAGAUCCGUGCAGGAGUGACUCCGAACCCACCUCCAAAUAAAACUAUGACUGACUAUAACAUCACUUCAGAUGGUUGGCUUGUGUGGAGAGGGAAUCAGUAUUACAUUAACAGAAACUCAAUGGCCAUUGAGGAUGCUCGUCACUACUGUCAGAAGCGUCACGGUGACUUGGUAUCCAUCACCAGUAAUGAUGAAAAUGUCUUCAUAUGGAAACAAGUUUCCAGAAGCUAUGGAUCCUAUUAUUUGGGGCUGUCAGUGGAUCUUGACGGGUCAUUCUGGUGGACGGAUGGUUCUCCAGUGGGGUUACAAAAAUGGGAUGAAAAUCAACCAAAUUCCGAUGCCUUUGAUGAGAACUGUGUUUAUAUGAGUUAUUACAUGGGCUUUUGGCGCACUUGUAAUUGUGGCCAAGAACACCAGUUCAUUUGUAAACGAAGAAACUCAGCACCUGUCAACACCACUGCAGCCCCCACAGUUCCUCCUAAAGGUGGCUGCCCGCUCAAGUGGUCCAAAUUUGACUCAAAGUGUUACAGUGUUGUCACUAAUCGAGCAGCCACCUGGGAAGAAGCAAGGAGACAGUGCAUUACCAUGGGAGGCAAUUUAGUCUCAAUUCCCACAAGGCGUGUACAAGCAUUUUUGACCACCAAAAUGGCUGAAAUAUCAACUAAAGACCUGUGGAUUGGUUUAAAUGGAAUAAAACAAGAUGGAUUUUAUUGGACUGAUGGCAAAGCAAGGCGAUACACCAACUGGGGAUACUCUAAACACAAACGUCGUCCGGGGACCUUUUAUCAAAGAUGGAAUGAGGAAGACUGUGUUAUCAUGAACAGCAACCCUACCCUUGGCACCGGUAAAUGGAUCGUAAAGCAUUGCAAUGACACUAAUGGAUUUGUCUGUCUUCGAGGUCUUGACCCAAAUCUCCAGCCUCAGCCUGAGCUACCUGUUUCAAACAUUUAUGUAACUCUGGCAAACGACAGCAUCAAGGUUGUGACUAAAAAUAUGACCUGGGACGACGCAGAGAAACAAUGUGAAAGUGAAAAUGCCAAACUAGUUAGCCUGCGAAAUGAAUGGACACAGGCCUAUGUCGAGUUGCUUUCUUUAAAUCUCAAAACUCCUCUUUGGAUUGGACUGAACAAAGAUAAGACAGACGGGUAUUUUAAGUACAUGGAUGGCUGGCACCUGAACUCUGCCAGCUGGGCUGAAGGAGAACCAAGCAGGGACAAACCGUGCGUGUACCUGGACAUGGAUGGAAAAUGGAAGACCGAAUACUGCAAUCGGACCAUGAACAGUGUUUGCAUGCAGUCUACAGAUGUGGCACCAACAGAGUCAGCCAGCUUCCCAGGGGUUUGUCCUCCAGAGACAAAUGAGGACUACCACCAGAGCUACACCUGGAUGCCAUAUAAGGGUCAUUGUUAUCUGUUUAUAACCGAGGAAAUUGAAUGGGCUGAUGCAGCUAGCAGCUGUGUCAGGCAUGGUGGAAUCCUGGCUAGCAUUGAAGAUCCUGCUGAGCAAAAUUUCAUAAAAACCAGUGUGGAAAUAUUUCAAGAUAGCCACAGCGCUUUCUGGAUCGGCUUGUAUAAAACUCAUAAAGGGACGUGGAAGUGGUUGGAUAAAACAGUCAUGGACUACACUAACUGGGGUAUAGAUGAGCCUGAUGAUGACUACGGAGAGAUUGGAACCUCAGAUGGGGCUUGGAGGACGGGUCGUAGAUGGCACGACAGAGCGUACAUCUGUGAAACACCAAAAGUGAUGCCCGGAGAAUCUGGAUCAAAACUUGAACCUCACAUAGGUCAGGAUCCUCGCAGUCGUGUCCACACGAGUCUGGUAGUUGUGCUGAUCAUCGCUAUCACAUCUUCGCUGAUAGUCGUUGCAUUCUACCUCUACAAGAGGUCUCCUACUCCCUUACCCACCUUUGAAAAUCCACUCUACGCUGAACGAUCCCAGCCAGAUGUGGUUGACACCAACAAACUGAUAGAGAACGCAGAAGUAGAAAACCCUGAGCCUAUUAUAACUCUGUGAUUUAGAAAGAAGCAGAAUCUAGUGGGACAUGCACUAUACUGUACUGUAUCCCAGACAGAUGUAUUACACAUUGAUGCUUUAUUUGUGUUUAUGCAUCUUUUUUUACUGUGUUCGGUAUGUAUUCAGUUAUUUAACAAUAUGUCACUAAGUGUGAGUUUCAAUGGAGUUGGUUAUGUCUGAUUUCAUGGAACAGAACAAUUUAGGCUCUAGGAUGUCUCAAUGGGAAUGAUUGAUAUUUUGAUUUUGUCUUUUUUAUCUAUGAUUGAAUGUAUAUAAUUGUUACAUGUUAUGCUUUAGCUCACUAGAUGCUGUUCAUUGCUUGCAUUCUUGAUAUGUGUAAAAAAAAUCCCACUGCCUGUCACUGUUAAAUGAAUAUUAAACUUGGCACAAAACA